CCUGAAAGACAGAAUGGCUUAUGCAACAUUAGAUAGUCGCUACAAAAGACACUCUAAUGACCGGUAUGGAAAUGGGUUCAGUUCAUUGAAACGAGCUGUAAGUUCAAAUUCCUUGGGGAGGUCAUCUUCACUAAAUAGAUCAAAUUCCAUAAUUAGAGCAGCAACAGCAUUCCAGAACAGAGACUCAACCGCAGUAAAAGACAAAGCGAAUCAAUUGCAGCUUCAUGUUAAGAUCUCUGAGAAGAAACUAGAGUCUGUCAUCACGGUCGACAUCAACGCAAAGAUAUGGGAAAUCAAAAAUCAGAUCGUACUAUCAUUAUGCCCCGAGCUGGACGAGAGUUUCAACUUUGGGUUGUACCUGCCACCUAAGGAGAAACGUCUGGGAAAGUACAUGUCUGAAGACAGAUGUAUCCGAGAGUACAGGCUCAGCGGCCUUCCUCCUGUCGUUCUCUUCAAAUACUACUCGAAGUACGAUCACAAUCCGAGGGAAUUGUCAAAGAGGAUGAUGACUAAAGCCAAGGACUCUCAACACAAAUUCUUUGAAUAUGUGUCCGACGGAAAUUUGGAGAAAUGUCUAAAAUUCUUGGAGAGAGGAUUGGAUCCCAAUUUUAUUCAUCGGGGUUCUGGACACACGCCGCUAACCAAGUCAGUGCUGGGUAAGGAACCUAAGAGGAUGAUAAUGUUACUUUGUAGAUACGGUGCAUUCCUGGAGUUUAGGGAUAAGAACGGGUACACAGCUUUACACCACGCCUCAGUCAAUGGCAUGCACGAGUCAAUGCAGGUAUUGUUGGACGUGGGAGCCUCUGUUAACUCUCGAGACUUGAAGGGCAUGACACCUCUUUAUAACGCUAUCUGCGACGGAAAUAGUACCUUAACUGCUGAAAUACUGCUGAAGGAGAAAUGUGAUCUUAAUAUAGUGGAUAAUACUGGACAGUGGCAUGAGUUACAUCAGGCCUGUAAAAGAGGCAAGACAGACCUAGUGGAGUUGUUACUGCUGUACGGAGCAGAGAUAAACGGCAAGACCUCCGCCGGCAACUCGGCUCUUCACAUCAGUGCUAGCUUUAACAAGGUCCACUGUGCCAGACAACUCCUCUACCGGGGCAUUGACAAGACGAUACGCAACAAGGCCGGACAGACAGCGUACGAGGUGGCCGCCCUUACUUCUAACUUUGUUAUCAUGGACGAUAUCACCAACUUUAAGCCAGAACAAGCAGAACCGUUUGCGACCUCCCCAACCUUUACCAACCGGAAGAAAGAACCAGCAUUUCCUCGAGAAGGGAGUGUCAGCAGCAACAAGAGCAGCGGCUCAGAACAACCCAAGAAAGCUGGCCACUCACGAUCCCUCAGUUCGGGUGCCUCAGUUACACGUUCAUCCUCCAUCAACUCCAAAAGCAAGCCGAGCAAAGCGGCUCCGGAAAAGCCGAAAAAAGCGGCUCCGGAAAAGCCGAAAAAGGCUCCCGUAGAAAAGAAGGUCAUUGUUCCCGUGGAGCCAACCAGGACGAACUCGAUGGGAGCGAGCUCCAGUGCCAGUUCCACUGCGUCUAGUUUGCGGGCCCUGCCAGCCGAAUUCCCGGCUCCAAGUAAUACUACACUACAAAUGACUCUAGAAGAACUAAUCAAGACAGCCCGGGUCUGCAAGAUUGCUAAAACUAAGCGAGGUUACGGGUUCCACGUGAAGGGCUUAGCGGAGAAGAAAAAGGAGUUCACUCCCUCAGUAGAGGCUCCCUGUUCUCAGUUCAUGUUCGGAGUGGACAAGGACAGUGAGUCUCACAAGGCGGGGGUUCUACCUGAUGACUUUAUCUACAAGGUCAACGAAAAGGACGUCAGCGUGGCUUCACACAAGGAAGUAGUCGAGAUGAUCAAGAAAAGUGUUUCUCCCCUCGUCCUCUCCCUCAUACAAGUCACCAAAAACCUGCCAGUGGCCGCCGCCACCACCGCCGCCACCGCCCCCAAACCCACCGCCACCACACCCACCGCUGUUGCCCCGCCACCUGCCGUCCCAAGAAGGGAUCCCAAGACAAGGCUGAAAGGUCCCCGACUGAGCAUAGCUACAAGGAGCAACACUAUCAGCGGCCCUGUAGCUAGAAAUGGCAAUGUCAACAAUAACGAAGAAGAGUCAAUAUACGACAACAUCCAGCGGCCCACGGCCACUUUGCCGGUCUCAGUUGAGCCAGAGUCGUUCCGACCACCACCUCCACCAGCAGCAGCUCCGGCAUUUGUGCCGCGCACUCUAGAGCGCAUGAACUCAGCGCCCGGUGGUGCAAUGCGCGCAGACGGAUACAAGAGAAAUAACACAUUGCCAGUCAAAAAACCUUCCAGCAUCCAGGAGGAUCAGAAAAAGGAGGAAGCUGUCCAGAUGGUACCAGUCAUACCCCAAAACACUGCUGCUGAGCUUAUUGAGCAGAGGAAGAGGUUGACAAGUGUACAACAUGAUAACCAGAGUUUAGGCAGCAUGCAGUCCACCCAGAGCGAGCCACCUAAACUACUAGUGAGCCGGUCCCCAGAUAACAGACCAGUUCUUGACGAGCCUCCCAUUACAAAGUCUAAAUCUGCUGAAGAUAUCGCGAGAAAAGCAGCUGAGAUGCGGAAAAAGCGGGGAAGUAUCCUACCUGGAGAAAAGGUACACAACUACGAACUUCCGCCUCCGCCAACGGUCAUACCACCUCCACCACCUCCAGACGACCUUCCUCCGCCACCGCCGGCUGCGGAACCAAUCUGCCCACCGUCACCGCCACCGCCACCUAGCGAACCAGAUCCGCCCACCGAACCAACACCGCCAAUAGAACCGGAACCAGUUGUUGUUGUAGCACCUGUUGUGGUCAAAGAACCAGAACCAGUCGUCGUUGUAGCACCUGUCGUGGUCAAAGAACCAGAACCAGUUGUCGUUGUAGCACCUGUUGUGGUCAAAGAGCCAGAACCAGUUGUCGUUGUAGCACCUGUUGUGGUCAAAGAACCAGAGCCUGUAAAACAACAAGUCAGUGAGAAGGAACCAGAAGGAGACAAAGAGGACAAUGAGAGUUAUGAUAGUGGGUUUAUACAGAAUGGAAAACACGUCGAAGACUGGGAGGCAGCUGAUGUGGCUGAGUGGCUCUGUGGUUUGGGUCUUGGAGAAUACAAGAGUAUCUUCAUGGAAAAUGACAUUAAAGGUCCUAACCUGCUUGACUUAACAAAGGGUGAUCUUAAAGAACUUGGAAUUACAAAACUGGGUCACCGAAUUACUUUAACCAAGGAAAUAAACACGAGAUUAUCGGAGGGAAGGUGAGGUGUCUUGUCGUCACGUGACGCUAAACUCGCAACUCUCAGCUCUUAAGUGUAUUGAGUUCCUGGUGCUAUGUUGAAAAAAAGAUUAAGUCCAUCAGUUUGGAAAGUUAUGUCAGUGCGAUUUCUUAGUUUUUAUUGAUGAAAAGGCUGUCGGGAUAUAGGAGGUUGGUCGAUUUGAACGCUGCAGAAAUGCUAUAAUUAGGACAAAACAGUUUAGGUUUAGUUUAUAGAUUCCGCUUGGAAAUCUACUCCAGAGCUUCCAGCUGAUAAUAAUCAUCCUUUGGAAAUUCAUCGGAAAGACUCGGCAAGGAGAAAUUGUUCUUUGUUAUGAUGUAUAAUGCACGCUUUGUCAGAAGGAAUUUCUCUGGGUUACGGUACCUCUUCAAGAUCAAUGAAGCUCAGUGAUAGUUAAUGCAUGCAUCAGGAAGAAUGUCCAUUUGGGUGUAUUUUCAUUGGAUGUCUGACUGUGAUAAGGACCACUCAAUAGUUUCUGGGAACUUUGCAGAAACCUUGGAUGAUGGUACUAAUUAGAUAGGUAACAUACGAGCUAAAACCAUGAUGGAGUUUGUUAGAUGACUCACUAAGAAUGAUAAUGAUUUAUAACUAAUAAUGGGAUGUAAUGUUUGCAAUCGCAAAAGAAGGCAAAACGCUUUCAUUCUGUUCUGAUUUUAUAUCUAUUUGAAAUUGAACUGGAAUUCGGGGUGCAGCGAAUUGUAUCCCAGCUUGAAUCAAAUACUGGGAAAGUACGAUACCAAUCGCUGAGUGCAUUUUGAUCCUUUGCAUUUGUUCAUUAAUGACUUUAAUCGUUGUUAUUCUGUUUUAUGGCAGUCAAAAAGGCAUGCACAUUUUUCGUAUGUUGAGAUAAUUAUUGACUUGAAUGAAUCGAGAUUUUUAUGAUUUUGUAUGAUAUUCGGUAUAUGCUAGUUAUUUGCCUUCAAAGCGCUAUACGUGAAUUUUUAUGAAAAUCGUUAGUAUUUUAAAUUUCAAAAAAAUGCAUAAACGGAAUGUUUGAGAUGUUUGUGUAAUCACAAUGUUUUUCUGGCGAUUGUCGUUCAACUGAAUAUGAAACUCUAAGUUUUGUAAAGUUUCAUACCUACCAGAGGAAAUGUAAAUUCCACUUUUUGAUGUACCAAAAUUGUAUAAAUUCCUUUUGUAACGAAAAAUAUA